UGGGGGAGGUCGUCCCACUGAUUGUAAAGAGAGGGACAAUUGGUCCUUUAGUCUGAUUGGGUCCCUAGAAAGGCAACACCCGGGAUGAGAGUGUGCAGACAGCACGGGAGAGGCACAGAGCGGCAGCGGCAGAACAGAGGCAGCACAAGAAGACACAUAUUUAUUUAUAUGCAGACGGAAAAAGAGUGCGAGAGGGGGGGAAACUUUACAAAGAGGCCAGGGAGAGACUCGCGUGGACUCAAGGUGACUUUACGGGAACCGAUGCACUGCAGGCGGCAGCUUUCGCAACUUUUACAAUGGAAAUUUAGCAAGCGUGCGGGGAAAAGAAGCGCACACACAUAAGAGGAGAAGAAGAAGGAGCUUCACAGGAGAAGAGCCUGAGAAAGAGGAAUAAAGUUGAAAAGAGAGAAGGGAAAAAGGACACCGGCAGCUGCCAAAAGGACGGGGGACCAGGAAAUAACCGCCCUCGCGAGGAAAGAGGGAAAACUCUAAUAAAACACUACUCUGUCCUGCACAAUGGGAGAGCAACCGAAUCUUCCGAGAGCAUCCAGCAACUUGCUCCCUGUGGCACUCUGCAUUUUGACCCUUCUACCCCACACACUUGUGGGUAAGCCAGCAGAGGAGGAAAACUCGGCGCCGCUGCAGAGGGUGAAGCGAGGCUGGGUGUGGAAUCAGUUCUUUGUCCUGGAGGAGUACACUGGACUGGAACCACUUUAUAUCGGAAAGCUCCACUCCGACAUGGACAAAGGUGACGGCUCCAUCAAGUACAUCCUGACUGGCGAGGGCGCGGGCACCACCUUCACUAUCGACGAUAGCACCGGGGACAUCCACGCCAUACAGAGGCUGGACCGGGAGGUGAAAGCCCUGUACAUCCUUCGAGCCCAGGCCCGCAACCGCCUAACAGACCGGCCUUUGGAGCCUGAGUCAGAGUUCAUCGUCAAGAUCCAGGACAUCAACGACAACGAGCCCAGGUUCCUGGAUGGCCCCUACCAUGCGUCUGUCCCGGAAAUGUCCAAAAUAGGAACAUCUGUGAUCCAGCUGACUGCCACAGAUGCCGACGACCCCACGUAUGGCAACAGCGCACGUGUGGUCUACAGCAUCCUAGAGGGCCAGCCAUACUUCUCUGUGGAUGCCAAGACUGGCGUGGUCCGGGUGUCCCUGGCAGACAUGGACCGUGAGACCAGAGAAAACUACACCGUGGUCAUCCAGGCCAAGGACAUGGGCGGACAGCUGGGGGGGCUCGCUGGCACCACCACCGUCAACAUCACGCUCAGCGACAUCAACGACAACCCACCCAUGUUUGACCAGAGGUUGUACCAGAUGAGCGUCCCAGAGUCGGCACCCUUGGGUUCAGUGGUGGGUCGUAUCUGGGCUAAGGACAGGGACAUCGGGGUCAACGCUGAGAUGAAGUACAGCAUCAUAGAUGGAGAUGGAAGGGACACCUUUGAUAUCAGCACUGAUCCCACCAACCUCUUUGGCAUCAUCACAGUGAAAAAGCCGCUGAACUUCGAGAACAAGCCCAGUUACACACUGAAGGUGGAGGGAGCCAACACUCACGUAGACCCGGCCAUCCGACAUCGCGGGCCCUUUAAGGACGUCACCAUCGUGCAUGUGAGCGUGGAGGACGUGGACGAGCCCCCGCUGUUCGACUCGCCGGUGUACUACGUCGAGCUGCCAGAGGACGCCGAGAUUGGGAUGCUGGUGAAGACGGUGUCGGCGAGGGACCCGGACGCUGCCAACAACACCGUGAGGUACUCCAUCGAUAGGUCCAGCGACCCCGAGAAGUACUUCUACAUCGAAAUCACUACCGGGGCACUGAUGACGGUGCGUUUACUGGACCGAGAGGAGAUUAGCUGGCACAACAUCACCGUCCUCGCCAUGGAGAUGAAUAACCCCACACAGAUUGCGAGUGUUUCUGUGGCCGUGAGGGUCCUGGAUGUGAAUGAUAAUCCUCCAUCGCUGGCGGAGUACUUGGAGGCGUAUGUGUGUGAAAACGCCAAAGCAGGGCAGCUGAUCCAGACGGUGACGGCGGUGGAUCCGGAUGAGCCACUGGGUGGGCAACACUUCUACUACAGCUUGGCUCCAGAGGCCGCCCACAACCCUAACUUUACCCUGCGGGACAACCAAGACAACACGGCGUGGAUCUUGACACGUCGUGGAGGUUGGUCACAACAGGACCAGUCUGUCUUCUACUUGCCCAUCGUCAUCAACGACGGUGAGCAGCCGGUCAAGACCAGUACGAGUACGUUGACCAUCCGCGUGUGCAGCUGCGACCAGGAGGGCAACGUCUUGACGUGCAACGCCGAGGCCUACAGCCUCCCUGCUAGCCUCAGCAGAGGAGCCCUCAUCGCCAUCCUCGCCUGUAUCUUCGUCCUGCUGGUGAUGAUUCUCCUCAUGCUUUCCCUGCGGACUCAUCGUAAGAAGCCCUACCUGUGUGACGAGGAGGAGAACGUUCACGAGAACAUCGUGCGCUACGACGACGAGGGCGGUGGCGAGGAGGACACCGAGGCCUUCGACAUCGCCGCCAUGUGGAACCCUCGCGAGGCCCACACCCACCUGGGCAAGAUGAGGCAGGACAUGCUGCCGGAGAUCGAGAGCCUGUCGCGUUACGUCCCCCAGGCGUGCGUCAUGGGCGGCGGCGGCGGCGGGGACAGCAACGUUCACGGGUACGUGCUGGCAAAGCUCCUGGAGGCCGACAUGGACCCAUGCGCUCCACCUUACGACUCCCUGCAGACCUACGCCUACGAAGGGGAGGGCUCGGUCGCAGAGUCACUCAGCUCGCUCCAGUCCGGCACCUCGAACACCGACCACGAGUACGACUACCUGAACGACUGGGGGCCUCGCUUUAAAAAACUCGCCGAGAUGUACGGCGUGCUUGAGACAAACAGUCCGCCAAUGUGGUAGGACGACAGAACCCCUUUUUUUUUUUUAAUGUGAGACGAACAAAAAAAGAAAGACAAAACACACACGUGAUUAGUGACACAAACAGAAGACGCAAGAGGAAGACACAACAAAGCUGGGAGGAGCUCACACCCAUGACUGUUAGAAAUCAAAUUCCUGCUGAGGCUGUGAGUUGGUUUUAAACCUCCCCCGGAGACGAGGCUUCAGAGACAGGGGUGGUUUUGGCAACCUCGUGGGGGCCACGCGGAGGGAUAGCUUCAAAGCACAUGUUAACUCCCCUGCCUCACCCAGCCACAGGCAGAACCCCUUUGGUUCAAAGUGUUGAGCGAUUUAUGCCAGAGAUGAAAACGAGAGAGACUAACUUGCUCGCUGCAACACAGGAGACAAACUCCGAAAGACUCACGGUUUGACAUUCAAGCAGUACAAGGAAGUGGGGGAAAAAAACAAAAGCGAGGAAUCAUUGCUGCAAUUGGAGACGCUUUUUCAUUUUUGUUUCAUCCGUGGUCAGGUCUUAAUUUAUUUCUUUGUUUCACGUGCUGUAUUUAUAUGUUUUGCUAACUUAUUUGGCUCCUCCACACCGACACUGUACUUAAAACUGCCACUAUGCGUCGAAAUCUUCAAGAGGUCGCGUAUACGUUGUAACAUACAUGAUGUAACUUCCCAUGUUUUUUCCGUCUGUGUGACAGCACUUUGUCAUGCGUAUCUAAAUGUCACAUGACUUACAGAGGAGACUGCGUCGCUGUAAUCCCAUGUGGGUUUCUCAAGUUGAAAUGUUUAUUGUAUUAUUGUUUUUAUAUAUCGUUUUUAUGCUCUUUUGUAUUGUAACUUUGUUUCCAAAAAAAACAUGAAGCAGUUAUCCAUUCACGAGGAUAAAGAGGGAAGCCAUUUAAAAAAAAAAAAAAAAAAAAGAAAAAAGAGAGAGGAGUCUUACCUGGAUGUGUAGCACAGAGGAAAGGUCUGCACAUGGACGAGCACACGACCCGAGUCGCCUUUCAUUUUGGAUCCACCAUCGUGCCAGCAGGAGUCCGACGGCAGCAAGCCUCGAUCUGUCCCGUCAGAGAUACCGUGCUGCCACCACACAAAUGUGGCUUAAUCCUCCGAUCCCGUGGGCUACAGAGACAAUGAUAAUCUGCGUUAAGUGCCAAAAGCAAAAAGGACAAAAAAAAAAAUAACGUGACAGUUUGGAGGAAGACAAACAAAAAGGAAAAGCAAAACACAAAAACACCAAAAGAUGAAAAAGGAUUUUUGCCAAACCUCAGAGGGAGGUGCAGGUACAUUUUGAUAUUUCAAUUGGGUGGAGUUUACUUGAAAUCUAUGUGGUCAGUCAUGCUACAGUUAGUGGUAUGUGAAUGUAGAUAUUUUUUGUAUUCUUGGUAAUAAAAAGUUCAAAAUCA